CGCCCGGGCGCCGGUGGGAAAGCUGGCGGCCUCGUCACGUGUGCUCGGCGAACGCGAAACAGUUCCAAGGAUAAGGCGUCCUUUCCAAAUAUAAGAGGAAUAAAGAAGUCACCUCCCCAGCUGUCAUCGCCUCCCGACAGAUUGAGCAGGAGCAUUUCAAGCACUACAGAGCAGACAGUCCAUCCAACCCUAGAUGAUGCCCAGCCAUGUGAUUUUUUCAAGAAAGGGAGUAGGGUGAAUGAAUCUCAUCAGAAAAGCGGCGGCAUGGAUGCUGGCCCGGCUUGGAAUAAAGCGCCACGUUCCAAGAACGGUUCGGGGAAAAGGCAGAGUGCGUCCCAGGCCCCCCACGGUCCUUGCCGGCCGAAGAGCGUGCCCCGCGCCGUCUCCCCGCCGGCCGGGCACGACCCUGGAGGAGGCAUUUCCCCGGGAGGCAAAGCCGAGCGGAGUCCCCUGGGCUGUCGCGGGGCCUCGGGGAACAAGCUGCUCCUGGACUUCCAGUCCCUGAGACUCAUGAGAGGAGACGCUGACGAGGACAGUGCCAGCGACCUCUCCGAUUCGGAGCGCGUCCCCAUCGCGCCUGCUCCGCGCGCGCCCCCGGACCUCCGCCUUCGAGCCGAGGAAAUCGACCCGGUCAGCUUCGACCGCGAUCUCCAGCCAGGUCAGGGCCACGCCGCGCCCCAGGACCGUUACCCCGACUUCCUCCCGCCGCCCUGUGACUCCUGGGACCUGCGGGACAUGGCCGUGCUUGUGAACACGGAGCGCAGGCCCCGCGCCGCGCCGCGCGCCGGGGGGCUCCUGGGGAAGUACGUGGACCGGCUGGUGCAGCUCGAGUGGCUGCAGAUCCUGACCGUGCAGGGCGAGAGGGCAAAGGGGGCCAAACCCCCCGGGGUGCUGAGCGCCCGCAGGCUGUGUGCGCAGCAGCAAGGCCGGGACGCGGGGGCCCAGGAGAAGCGGGGGGCGAGCGCGCGGCCGGCCCCCUGGGGCCCGGCAGGCGGCUUCAGGAUGGAGAGCGACGGAAACCUGCGGAUCCCCACGCGGGCCGCGGGCAUCCUGCACCCCGCCGACCCCAACAGGGCCUCCAAAACGCAGGCACACGCAAAUCUUAAGAAGAAGGGAAACGCUAACAGCUGCGGCCUUGCCUGCCUAUCCAGCGAGAAGAAACUCAAAACGAGCGGCGGGAAGCAGAACACACACAAAUUCAAUUAA